CAACCACUUUGGUCAAUCUUUCAUCAAACACAAUAUUUGCAAAAAUCAAAAUGACACAAGAAAUUGAUCCUCCACUUUCCACCAUGCCAGAAAACUCACCAAAACUCCCCAUAACUACAUCCACUGCAACUUCUAAGAACAAAAAACUGACUCUUAUCCCUCUUAUUUUUCUCAUAUAUUUUGAAGUAGCAGGUGGUCCUUAUGGUGAAGAACCAGCAGUUCAAUCUGCUGGUCCUUUAUUUGCAAUUCUUGGUUUUUUGAUUUUCCCUUUUAUUUGGAGUGUACCUGAAGCAUUAAUCACUGCUGAAUUAUCCACAACUUUUCCUGGAAAUGGUGGUUUUGUUAUAUGGGCUGAUAAAGCUUUUGGUCCCUUUUGGGGUUCAUUAAUGGGUACAUGGAAAUUCUUGAGUGGGGUAAUUAAUAUUGCUUCUUUUCCUGUUCUUUGUAUUAGUUAUAUGGAGAAGCUUUUUCCUAUUUUCUCAUCUGGGGUUCCAAGAUUUAUGGCAAUCUUGGUUGCUACAUUGUUGCUUUCUUUUUUAAACUAUACUGGUUUGACAAUUGUGGGGUAUGCAGCAGUUGUACUUGGUGUUGUUUCACUUGCACCUUUUUUGAUAAUGUCAUUGAUUGCAAUUCCAAAGAUUCAGCCUCAUAGAUGGAUUAGUUUAGGCCAAAAGGGUGUGAAAAAAGAUUGGAAUUUGUUCUUUAAUACAUUGUUUUGGAACUUGAAUUUUUGGGAUAAUGUUAGUACUUUGGCAGGAGAAGUUGAAUCCCCACAAAAGACUUUUCCUUUAGCAUUAUUUUCAGCAGUGAUUUUCACUUGUUUGGGAUAUAUAAUUCCAUUAUUGGCUGUGACUGGAGCUGUGUCAGUUGAUCAACGUGAGUGGGAAACAGGUUUUAUGGCUAAUGCUGCUGAGAUUAUUUGUGGGAAAUGGUUGAAAUUUUGGAUUGAAAUUGGUGCUGUUUUAUCAGCAAUUGGACUAUUUGAGGCUCAGUUAAGUAGUUCUGCUUUUCAGCUUUUGGGUAUGGCUGAAUUGGCAUUUUUGCCUAAAUUCUUUGGUUUGAGGUCUAAAUGGUUUAAUACACCAUGGGUAGGGAUAUUAUUGUCAACAGCAAUUUCACUUGGUAUGUCUUAUAUGAAUUUUACUGAUAUAAUCUCUUCAGCUAAUUUCUUGUAUAGUUUAGGUAUGUUUUUGGAAUUUUCAUCUUUUAUUUGGUUGAGAAGGAAGUUUCCAUUGAUCAAAAGACCAUAUAGGGUGCCAAUGAAGUUGCCAGGAUUGGUGAUUAUGUGCUUAAUUCCAUGUGUGUUUUUGGUGUUUAUAAUGGCUAUUGCAACCAAGAUUGUGUUUUUGAUAAGUGGAUUGAUGACUGUUGGAGCGAUUGGAUGGUACUUUUUGAUCAAGAUUUGUAGGUCCAAGAAAUGGCUUAAAUUCAAUGAUGUUGACAUUUAUGUGGAAGAGCCAAUAGUGGGAUGACGAUCGAGACGGAUCUAGGGCGAAUUCGGUGGGUUCAACUGAAUCUAUUAUUAUGUAUGCAUAUAAAAGUUAGAAUAUUGAGACCUUACUAUCACAAUUAUAGUUGAAGAUCAUUGUAAAGGAAUCUACCUUUGGAAAGAAUUUUCAAGUUUUUCUCUAUAAUGGGAAACUAUAUGAAAGGAUUAACUUCAUGUCCUUUAUUUGCUUUCGU